ACAUCAUGACGUAAUAUCCGGGAUCAUGGCUGCCAAAACAUUGGCAAGUAUUUGUCAACUUGAUCCCAAACUGAGUUUAAAGGAUCUGCUGUAUUCUGAGGUGCUGCUUCAGUUUAUCGGAUAAGUACGAUCCGACUUGCUGCGUCGUGUCGCACAAACCACGGUCGUCAUCAGCUGAUACGUAGAUGUAAACUUUAUUUUUUUUGCACUAUGCAAAUAUCCUUUAGCGAGUUUCUGCGAAAUCCCGUCGAGAUCCCGUCUUGUCGUUUUCCACAUGGAACAAACGCAGCGUAUUAUUGAUGGUAGUUGACUCGGAUGCUCAGUGAUAUUGCAGAUAUCAUGGCUUGCAGUUCAGGCUCUGUUGCAAAAAUGGCAAGUCCAAAUGUCAGCGCGAUGGCGGUGGAUCAAAAGACGAGCCCGGUGUUGUUCGAGAUUUACGGGGAGAUCUGGAACGUGCAGGCUCGUUUGGGUCAAGGCGUGUCGGCCUCGGUGUACCAGGUCAGCUCGGGUCGGGCGAGCACUGCGGCGGUGAAAGAGUUUCAGUUGGACGCGCAGGGUGGAGAUUAUGGGUACCUGAAGGAAAGAUCUGUGCUGGAGGGCAUACAGGGACACAAAAAUAUCGUGACUCUCUAUGGUGUGUUCACCAAUCACAACCCAUUUGGUGUGUCCACUCACUGCCUGUUGCUGGAGCUUUUGGAUGUGAGUGUAUCGGAUUUGCUGGUCAGGGCCAGUAAUCAGGGUCACUCCAUGUGGUUGAUUCAACACUGUGCCCGUGAUGUUUUGGAGGCCCUCAGCUUCCUGCACAGAGAAGGCUACGUGCAUGCUGAUCUCAAGCCCCGCAAUGUUCUCUGGAGUGCUGAUGAUGAGUGCUUUAAGCUCAUUGAUUUUGGCCUUAGCUUCAAAGAGGGACACCAGGAUGUGAAGUACAUCCAAACAGAUGGCUACAGGGCUCCUGAAGCUGAGCUGCAGAACUCAUUGGCUAAAGCAGGUCUGGAGGGGGGUGCUGGGUGCACAACUGCUGUGGAUCUAUGGAGUCUGGGCAUCCUUCUUUUGGAGAUGUUCUCAGGAAUCAAACUGAAAGAAACUCUGAAGUCUCAGGAAUGGAAGGAUAACAGUUUUGCAAUAGUAGAUCAUAUCUUCUCAAGCAAUGCAUUGGUUUACCCUGCUAUUCCUGUCUAUCAUCUGAGGGAUCUCAUCAAAAGUAUGCUUCACAAUGACCCUAAACUCCGAAGCACAGCUGAUGCAGCACUGAUUAACCCUUUCUUCAGCAUUCCCUUUGCACCUCAUAUCGAAGAUCUGGUUCUCUUGCCUACACCUGUCCUCAGACUACUAAACGUAAUAGAUGACAGUCACCUGUAUAACGAAGACGAGUAUGAAGAUAUCGUAGAGGACAUGAAAGAAGAAUGCCAGAAGUACGGCACAGUCGUGUCGUUAUUGAUUCCGAAAGAAAAUCCUGGGAAGGGACAGGUGUUUGUGGAGUACGCAAAUGCAGGAGACUCCAAAGAGGCUCAGAGACUGCUGACGGGCCGAACGUUUGACGGCAAGUUUGUGGUCGCUACGUUUUACCCACUGAGUGCCUAUAAGAGGGGUUACUUAUACCAAACUGUGCAGUGAAAAUCUGCACCCAAAAUAACCGCUUUAAAGCCCAUGCCAUGCAUAUCUGUUGGGCAAACUUUUAGAUUUACUCGUGUCGCUAAGAUCAACAUUGUUGUGAAUAUAGGCACACACAUGCAAAUUUAAUUUGGGUGUUACAAAGAGCUAAAUGUUGGUGCCUGCCUCCACAUAAUAAUAAUAAUAAGGCAAAUGUAUGUAUCGUGUGAAACCUGCUCGAUAUUUAAUACUUAUGCUUUCCUACUUUGUUGUUUUUUUUGCAGUGGCAUAAUGCACUGCUUUGGUUUACACUGCCUUAAUACCACAGAACACUUUAGAGACUAGGUUUACUUAGUGCUCAAAUGUCUACAAUUCCAAUAUGUGUACUUUAUGCAGCUUUUUUUGUUGUGAGUUUUAGUCAUGGUAGGUAUUUCCAGUAAUUAUGCACAUAUAUUUAAGCUACUGGUGAAAUACACUGGCCUGCAUGCACUGUGCCGUGGUUCGACUUGACCACGAGAGCUGUUGAACCACACUAUGCCGAAGAUAGAUAGAAAUCUGACAACGCCGUCUACUCUAUAUAGAGCACAACGUACGACAGAGCGAUUGCUUUGCGUUUUGGAAAUUCUUUAGUGAAUUUAUUCAGGGUUGACUGGAAUGGGACUCUGUGUCUAACACAAAGCCACAAUUUAUGUCUCAUUCUCAUGUCUGUCAGAAUCUUUCUGGAGAUAUAUUCUUUCAUUUUAAACUUGAAUCCCUAAUAUUAUAUACAAUAUUAGUUUAGCUUGUUUUUCUGUUUGAUUUAUAAUACGCACAACAAAACAUCUAUAAAACAUAUAUAUAUAUAUAUAUAGCGCAACAUUUCAAACUUUCAUAGCACACAUUUGUGAAGGCUUGGGGGAAUAGUACUCUGUUACCUUUAAAAGACCUUAAAGGGAUAGUUCACCCCAAAACUAAAAUUCUGUCAUCAUUUACUGACUCUCAUGUU